ACGUAAUAAAAAGUGAGAAAUCACGGGAACAAUCUAGCGUCCCGGGGUAUGUUAACACGUGUCUGCUUCUCUCUCGCCCUUCCUUUCCCAUAUAUCAUCAUUAUCAACCAACUUCAACAUCAUUUCACCCGAACCGCCAAACAGGGGAUCGUAAGCAACACGAUGCAGAGAGACAGAGAAGUUCGAGAGAAUUCGACUACUUCGGGUGGUCCAUUUGUUAAUUCUGGUGAUUUUGGUUUUCGUGGGAGCACGUUUCCAAGCAUUUUUGGAGGGAAGGAUCCUUUUGAUGACCCUUUCUUCACUCGUCCCUUCGGUGGCUUGUUUGGUUCUGACGUGUAUAGCUCCGGUGCUCCUGCUGAUAAUUUGCAGCACGCAAACAGAUCAAAGGGGCCAGUAAUUGAAGAGCUAGACAGUGAUGCUGAGGGAGAGCUGGAAAAGAAGCAGGAGAAUGAUGUUACUGAUGCUACUUGGGCGAAUAAGAACCCGCUUGUUGAGCACCCGGAGGAUCAAGACAACGACCAUGGGAAGAGUAAAAGCAAAGCAAGAGAAGUUUCAUUUAAUACCAAUCAUAACAAUGUAGAAGGGAAUCGAUCACAUACUAGGAGUGCCAGCUUCCAAAGGGUGACUUAUGGUGGCAUUAAUGGAGCAUACUACACCGCGACGACUACACGCACUACAGGAAGUGACGGAGUAACACUGGAAGAGAGCAAACAAGCUGAUAGAACAACUGGUCAAGCCACACACAGGAUUUCCAGAGGAAUUCAGGACAAGGGGCAUUCAGUUACGAGGAAGCUUGACUCAGAUGGUAAGGUCAACACAAUGCAGACUCUACACAACUUAAAUGAAGAUGAACUUCUGGGGUUUGAACAAGCUUGGAGAGGCAACACAGACAGGCUUUCGCAUGGUGAUCGAUUUGAUUUUCCUGGGAAGUCAGGAAAGAUCGUAGGUGGCCAUGGUCAACUGGCAGCUUGGGGAGGAUUUCCGGAUCCAUUCAAAGAGCUUUCUGGGAGACAUGGUAUGCAGAGUUUUAAUCGAAGUUUCCAGGCCCAGUCUUCCGGGGACAAACCCAAGAAAGUUGUCACAAUCAACAUUGAGUAAUUGCCCUGCUGUUAAAAGCUAGUUUGGCUGUGAGGUUAAAGUGUUUAAAUUAGUGAAUAAUCACCCUGCCGUGAUAAGCUGUGUAUAUUAGUGUGUAUGCCCUUAUGGUAGUAGCAAUAUGGAUGCAAUAUCCUUCAACUGCUCACCGUGUAGCGGCAAUAAGUUUUUCAGGUCUUCUACUUUUGCGUUUAUUCCAUCUAUGGAUUAGCACCUUGUUUUUGUUUUGCAGCCGUCUAAGAGUCGCUGCUUGCAGAGCUGAUAUGUAAGUUAGCUGAGUGGAUUCUAAACAAAUUGUUGUUUCUUGUUAU